AUUACUUAAUUCAUAGUUCCAACCCAGAGAGUUGUUUUUUUGCCUUUCUUCGUCUUUCUACUUUCCAAGAGAUUCUAUAAAAUUUUGCGUGGGAGAGCGGUCGGCAGAGGCUCGUUGGUAUUCGUCUCUUGUCUCUGAGGCUUUUUUUCACCCAAAUCAUUACUUAAUUCAUAGUUCCAACCCAGAGAGUUGAUUUUUUGCCUUUCUUCGUCUUUCUACUUUCCAAGAGAUUCUAUAAAUUGCUUUCUCUGUACAAGUAGUGUGUCGGUUUUCAUGCAAAUGGCUUUCAAUUCAACAGUCCUUACUGUCCUCAAAACCAUUGUUUGGUUGUCACUAAUGAGCAACUUUCUCAUAGUAUUAUCCGAUGGAAUUAAGACUGAAGAGAGUGAUAUUUAUUGCUUGAAAUCAAUUAAGGAUUCCUUGGAAGAUCCUUACGAUUACUUAGGCUCUUCAUGGAAUUUCGGCAACAGUAGUAAAGUCUUCAUCUGUGAUUUUACAGGAAUUGACUGUUGGAACGAUCACGAGAACAGGGCGAUGGGUAUCCGACUCCCAGACAGGGGACUCAAGGGUCAAUUUCCUCGAGGGAUCUCAAACUGCACCUCUUUACAAACUAUAGAUCUUUCAGGGAACAAACUUGUCGGAACCAUCCCUUAUGAUAUCUGGCGAUUCCUCCCAUAUGUUGUAUCUCUCGAUCUUUCGGCCAACAGUUUCAGUGGUGAAAUUCCGCCCAGUAUUGCAAGUCUUAGGUAUCUCAAUAUCCUAAUACUUGAUGACAAUCGGCUCACUGGACAAAUCCCACAUGAGCUUGGCUUGUUGCUUCGCAUCAAGUCCUUUAGUGUUGCUAACAAUCUCUUGUCGGGGCCGGGGCCGGUGCCGGGGCCGGUGCCGGAUUUUGGUAGCACCUCUGUUACAGCUGAGAGCUAUGCAAAUAAUAAAGGACUUCGUGGGGGUCCUUUGAAGCGCUGCAAGGCUCCUGAUGCUUACGAUCAUGCUUUCUACCUAAAUGGCUUCGCGGUUGGUUGUUCGGUUUCUAGUGUUAUAGUUUUUGUGUAG